CUCCUUUAAUUUUGUGCUUCAGCUAUGUCAAGCGGAAAGAAAACCCGAGGUCGACAAAAAGUUGACAUGAAAAAGAUAAGCAAGGAAAGUGACUUGCAUGUCACUUUCUCAAAGCGCCGCAAUGGCCUCAUCAAGAAAGCCAAUGAGCUUUUUGCUCUUUGUGGUGCAUAUGUUGCACUAAUUGUGUUUUCCCCUAGUGGGAAGGUAUUUUCUUUUGGUCACCCGGACGUUUAUACGAUCAUAGAACGUUUUCUCUCAGGGGUCCAACCUCCAAUCAAUGGCAUAAGGCAAUUCAUUGAGGCUACUCGUAAUGCUAGUGCGCGUGGGCGCAAUGCUGAACUGACUCUGCUCAAUGAUGCACUGGAAAUCGAGAAACGCCGCGGUGAUGAUCUGAGUCAUUUGUGCAGGAUAAUUGAGGAUCCGUCUUGGUGGACAUCUCCCAUUGAUGGGUUGAACUUGAACCAAGCUCAACUUGAAUUAUUGAAGGCUGCAUUGGAGGAGGUGAAUAAACAUGUUGGUCAACAAGCUGAUCAACUUGUAAAUCUGGAUGCUCCUACCCAAACUGAACAAGCUCAAAUGAUGCCGGCAGAAUUUUUUCAGAAUCCAAUGUUGCAACCUGAUUUGUUGGGCUUCAAUAAUAUGCAAGGAUGGGAAUAUGGUGGACCCUCCGGAUCAUUUUGAUCUGAGAGAUUAUAUCUAGUAGUGUUGCAUUUUUCGAAUAAAGGGAAUAUUGUUAUAAUUUAUAUUUCAAUAUAUCUCCAAAAUUUUUAUUAUU